AGCCCUACUUAUAAUGCGUGCUUUGCCUUAGAUAGGAAGUUAUUGAUUUAUCGCAAUCUUCAUCGUGAGUACAUGCCUAUAUAAUUUUAACCCCUAAGAAAUUGCGUUUAAAACAUGACGAUUAGAGCUGAAGAAGAGCAAGAGACGAAAGUGCACGCGGCUGCUCGGUUGAAUAAUGUCAGGUUGCUUCGAGCUGCCCUUCGUGAAGGAUUAUUAGGUAUUGACGCAGUAGGAAUAGGUGGCUGGACAGCCUUACACCAGGCAGCUUCUUGCGGCUAUCUAGAGAUCACGAUCGCCCUUCUGGAAAAUGGGGCAAACCCGAAUAUCCAAGAUGGUCAAAAAUGCACGCCCAUUCAUCUUGCUUCUAGAAAUGGUCAUUUAGAAGUUGUAAGAAGUCUGUGUCGCAAUGGAGCGCGCUUGGAUUUGAGAAACGCUGAAGGAAGAACGCCACAGGAUUGUGGCAACGAGGAGUGUAGGACAUUUCUUGAGAGGCAACGAACUAGAGAAGUGAUUAAAUUAAGUCCGUCGCCCGUUGAAGGCGACCAUUCUCUUCGAAAGAUUUAUGGUCCCAAGUCAAGCCAAAGUCCAGUUUUAAAGAAAGUUAGGCAGUCAUCACCACAGUGGUCAGAAAGCUCACAAAGUUCACACGAAAGCAUGUCGUCAACCAGUUCAGAUUCCAGUGAAAGCUUUUCUGGGUCAUCAAAUGUUUAUCAUCCAGGUCCUGGAGAAAUAAGGGUAUCAUUUGAUUAUAAUCGCAGCAGGCAGUCACUUCUUAUUUACGUGGGGGAGAUAAAAGAUGUAAAACUUCCUGCAGAUCACAACAUGUCGCAUGUCUAUGUAAAGGGCUACCUCAUCCCCGACAGAAACAAGUCCACAAAGCGUAAGACGGCUUUGCACAAACUGCAGCGCAUUGAUCCAAAACAAAGUUUAAAUGACAGCGUAACUAGCUGGAAUAGUGAAGAGGCUGAGCAUGAGAAACCUCGAGAAAGAAGAAUGAGUCAAAGAUUAGUGUCUACAUUGAAAAGAGGAACCCGCUCAUCCCAGAAGAAAAAGGGACAAGAUCAUGCACUACAAAACCUUGUUCCUGUUUACCGCAUAUCCACAUUGUAUGGAGAGUACUUUCGUUAUGACGCAGCCGACCUGAGAAAGGUGAAUGUGGAGAGGUCCACUGUUCUGUUAACAGUAUGCGGUCGCAAUCGCGUCACAACCCAAGGACAGCCUAUCGCAUGCCUGUCCCUACCUCUUGCCGAGUAUGCCAAAAUGAACUCAGCCGAAUGGUACCCCCUGAAGUAUCAAAUUUUGUUGCCCAGUGGCUAUGACGUCGCAGAAGAUAUGCAGUCAAUGAGUGGAAGUAAAUCAUGGGAGGAAAAAGGGGGAAGGUGUACUGGACGAAGCCUGGCGUGGAAUGGGCCCACAAUGUCUAUGUCAAUGCCUAAUAUAGAUUUUGCUGCGUCAUCGGCAACGUCACAGAGGCCUCAACGUGUUAGCCUGGGAGCGGAGCGUGGAUUUCCUGCAGACGGUUCCAAGAUGUACAAGAAACACAGUGGAGCGGAGAAGAUGUCGAGAAAGGAGUUCAACAACGUGCAAGGCAAAGGAAAUUACAGAUACAGGAAAAGUGGCUCAAGACAAGAAUAUGAAGACGAAGAAACUGUUGUAGACAGUUUUGGCGUAGAUGUUGGGGAGCGCAGUGCAACAAUACCAGGAGCUGGUCGUGCCGGAAGCGAUUUCAACAGAACCUUUAGGGAACAAAACAGAGACAUUGCUGAACUCCCCAGGAAUAGAAUGCAUGGUGGAAGGAGAAGCACAGCAAGUAACAUGGACUUAAAUGACUAUGAACGUGCAAAUGGCAUAACGGAAGUAAUCAGCUUAGAAGAUGAAGAACCCAGUUCAAGACCGGAAUUGGAGCAUCGAUCAUCAUUCGCUGGCUCACUGAAAUACAGUCGAGCUUUCCAGCAAAACGCCUCUGCAGCGCGGAGGCGAGACAUGUCGGAUGACUUGGACGUGGAAGACUUUGAGGAUGUUACAGACACUCCAUUUGCUGUUAGUAAAUUUCACGGCCGCAAAAAUGGAAUCGUAUGUAAUUAGCCAUUCUUUGUGUUAAGUUCCCAACUCAGAAGUAAGAGUACUUAUUCAUAAAUUAAAACUGCAUUGUCACAUACGUGUAUACAUUUAUAUAGGAGCAUUGUUAACUGAGAAAGAUCUAAAUUGUUUCUGUUAACCUGAUUUUUAAUACUUAACAUCUACAGUGUGAGCGAUAAAAAGUAGUGUUCGGUCAUUCCAACUGUUUUGUAAGAAAGUCGUGUGUUAUGCUGUUUGAUUGUUCACAAAUAAGUUUCCCACUUUUUUAACAAUUGCGGCAGUGUUGGCAGUAAUUCAUUAGUUUUUUAAUGCAGGUAAUUUAUAGGAUUAAUUUAUUACAAUUUCGUUCAAAACGGAGAUUAUUUGAAUAUCAAGAGAAUUAAAGUUAAGGUUGUUUUUUCAAUCUUAGAUAAUUUAGGACCCUUUGUUUGGGGGUUUGUGUAACUUCAACUUGUAAAAGUUCAUUUCACAUGUAAGGAUUGUUUGCAAAUAAAGAUUGCUUAAUCAA